AUGAGUGACAUAAAGUGUUUAUCACCAAUGAUACGAAUAGCAGAAAAAGAGAAUAUAAAAAUCUCUCUUUUGUCAAAGGAAAAGAAAGAUGAGAUACUUGAAAGUAAAAAAGUACAGCGUCAAGUAGGACUCGAUGAUGAUGAUGAUGAUGAUGAUGUUGAAAUCGAUGGACUAAGAAUGAUGGAGCUCGUGAUUCCGCAGCACGUGAUACGCGGGCAGAACGUGCGACUCGAGUGCAACUUCAAUCUGGACAACGUGAUCCUCUACUCGGUCAAGUGGUACAAGGAUGGCAACGAGUUUUAUCGCUAUGUACCGCGGGAAAAGCCACCGGUACUGGUAUUCACACUCCCCGGCGUCACCGUCGACAUUCACAAUUCAACGGAACGAUCAGUCGUGCUGAAUUCGGUGAACCUCAUGAGUUCCGGACGAUACAGGUGUGAGGUCUCGGCUGAAGCUCCAGCAUUCCAAACUGUAUCCGAUCAUUCGGAUAUGCUCGUCGUUGCGCUACCGGAGGAGGGUCCUAUCAUAACGGGCAGAUCGGGCAGGCAUCGCUAUCAAGUUUCGGAUGUCGUGCGAUUCAACUGCACGUCCGCAAAGUCCAGGCCGGCGGCAAUGCUCAGUUGGUUCAUCAAUGGAGAGCCGGUGGAUCAGUCGCUGUUGCGCGGACCCCACGUGACGGAGAUCGACCGCGAGGGUCUGGAGACGAUCGUGCUGGGCUUGGAGUUCCGGAUACGCACGAAACACUUCAAGCGGGGCGAUAUGAAGAUAAAGUGCCUAGCCAGGAUAGCGACCGUCUACUGGAAAACCAACGAGCUGAGCAUCGAAAGCUACCGAACGGAGAACAAAGCGCCGGUUAUGGAGAGUCGGGAGACGAGACCACAAGGCCACACGCACGCCGAGCACAUACUUGCAAGUAGCAGCGCUAAACCCAGGAUACUCGUAUCCAGCAUCGUCCUUUUGAUCGUCAGUCUGCUGUCAUGGUAGUAAGGAGCGAUGAUUAAACGAUACUACGUAUCCUGCGGGCGUUCCAAAUCUCAACAGAGCGCAACUUAGAAGAAUAUAAAGAACAUGCAGAAUUAUCUGGCCGUUUAAAGACUCGAGCGAUCAUUAUAGUGCGUAUGAGUAUUAAAAUCGAAGAGAUAUCGCGCGUAACAGAAGAAAUAUUCCAGCGUUAUUUAUAUUUUUAUAUUUAGCGUACAGUAGAAAAGUCGUGUUAAUUGUCAAUUCGUGGACGAUGUGAAACAAGAAAGAAGGUAUGUAACAAAUACAUUUAUGUGCGUGUUUGGAUCUCUAUGUCCCUUGGAGUAAAUAUCGAAAGUGAAUAUUUCAC